AUGUGGGAGGUGAUUGAAGGUGUGUGGGUGGAGAUGCUCUGCUUCUCGGCCAGUAACUGCCGAGGGUACCUACAUGCCAAGAGUCUGGGCACCGGCAUAGAGUUACUCACCUAUGUCUGGCUUCUGCUGUCGCACAUGGGGAUGGAGACCUUGCCGGAGAGGCUGCAGAGGACGGAGCCUUCAAGUGGAGAAGUAAAUGCUGGUGCUGCUCCAUCGACUUCGCAGGUCAGAAGCUGCUGGUGA